AUGAAGCUGAAAGCUCCAGCUGCCUUCAAUUGCAAGAAGCUCUUCAGCCCAUGCAGGAAAAUGCUACGAGUCUUCACAUUCAGAUUCAAGAAGCCCCCCCUUAUAAGAGCCCUUCGGUUUCCCAGACGCUCGUCUAAAACUACAAGGGAUCCACCAAGGAAGCUACCAACUGGUUUGCUGUCGCUAUUUGGUUCGUUUAGACGGUCGAGAUCGAGCAAGAUGGACAGACUCAUGGCGCUAAAGAGUUUCUCGGAUGCAGAGAAUCAGAGAGCUCCCUUCCCAUCCCCUCUAACGCCAGCUUAUGUGAAGAUGAACUUACCUCACAAGGACCAAGCAGUCCCGGUUCAAGAAGAUGUUGAAGAAGCAUGCAGGAGUUUUGAGAAUUAUCUGGUGGACAUGAUUGUCCAGGAGGGGAAACUCAAGGAUUUAACUGACGUGGAGGAGCUUCUCUACUGCUGGAAGAACCUCAAGUGUCCAGUUUUCAUCGACUUGGUGUGCAGAUUCUAUGGAGAACUAUGCAAGGAAUUAUUCUCCAGCUGCGACGAGAAUGUUGAUGCACCCUAG